AUGACCUCCAUUGACGAGCUGGACGAAUAUGUCAACUGGGACAACGCUGGGGCAUCUGCGUAUCCCCCUGUACCCAACAUGUCGUCUACCGGAAACCCUGCCGACGAUGACAUUGGUCUCGUCCUUGAAAAUGUCAAUGAGGAUGACUUCAGUUUCUGCGCUCUGCAACACUUUGAGCACAACAGUUUUGCACAGUUGCCAGGAGUCGCCGAGCCUACCCCUUUGGACGUGACCGAAGCCUUGCUUUGGGAGACACCAGAGAACCCUUGUGCCCACUGUGUCUUGGGCGGAUACGCAUGCAAAAAAAUCCAAGAGGGUGUUCACAAGGGCUACUGCACCAGUUGCGUCGCUCUUGGGCUCGAAUGCAGCUUUGGAGGCGUCAUCCCUGAGAGUCUGAACCCCGAGUCCACCAGGCUUUCCUGGUCUUCCACCGAGAUGCCCAACAACGCCAUCACUCAGGAAGACCUGAUCAACAUCCAACCAGUGAGACCGCUCGGCACCCCGUCUUUCCUGGACUUGAUGAAUCUGCAGUCAACUGGUCCGAUGGAAGAUAGCAUUGCCAAUGCCAAGGCGGGAACUCCGCCCAAGAUUGGAGCAAGAUUCUCGCGGGAGUCAGUCCGCAUUCUCAAAAACUGGCUGUCAACCCAUAACAGACAUCCUUAUCCAAGUGAUGAGGAGAAAGAAAUGCUUCAACGCCAAACAGGCCUAAACAAAACCCAGAUCACUAACUGGUUGGCAAACGCCCGGCGACGUGGCAAGGCUCAACCUCCCCGAUCUACCUCGCCCCACGUUGGUAAUCUGUCUGCUGGCAUCGAUAUCCCGCGGAGACGAGGAACGCCAGCUCUCGAAGCCAUGAAUCCCCUUCAGCGUUGGGAGCACUCUCCACCUGAACAUGAACCGGCUUCCGUGACAGCCAUUGCUAGGGCUGUGACAGCAUCAUCGUCGUCUGGAAUCUCCUCUGGACUCAACAGUCCUUAUAGUUUCAACUACACAGAUGACGGCUCCAAUAGGUCGCUCUGUAAUCAGUCCUCUGCUAGCAGUGUGGGAACAUCUCACUCAAGCGGUGGCUCCCUUCAUUCUGCGUUCUCUCAUGGUUCCCGUAACUCGUGGGGCUCAUUCGGCUCCGCUCCUUUUGCUACCAAAGCAAGACGGCGAAGGAGGCGAAGGGCAGCGCCCGGUAACGAGGGAGGCUCAACCAGCCUCUCUGUUCCUCUCAAAACUUUCCAGUGUACCUUUUGUACAGAGACUUUCAGAACCAAGCAUGACUGGCAGCGCCACGAGAAAUCGCUUCAUCUGUCGCUGGAGAGAUGGGUGUGUGCACCAGACGGCCCUCGGGCUGUCAACCCGGAAAACGGGCUGCUAUGUUGCGUGUUUUGUGGCGAAGUUAACCCAGACGAUGCCCAUGUAGAAACUCACAACCACUCGGCAUGUCAAGAGAGAUCUCUUGAAGAGAGAACCUUUUACCGAAAAGAUCACCUGAACCAGCACCUUCGACUGGUCCACAAUGUCAAAUUCAUGGAAUGGGCAAUGAAGGCCUGGAGAGUAGCAACUCCUGAGAUUCGGUCGAGGUGUGGUUUCUGCGGCAUUGUGAUGGAUACUUGGACAAUCCGAGUAGACCAUCUUGCAGAGCAUUUCAAGACUGGUUAUUCCAUGGCGGACUGGAAGGGUGACUGGGGUUUUGAAGUACCUGUGCUAGACAUGGUCGAGAACUCGAUUCCUCCCUAUUUGAUUCAUCAUGAGCGAAAAUCCCCUCUGCCGUAUAAUGCCAGCCAAUCGCCGCCUGAAUCGCCCAGGAAUGCCUACGAGUUGAUUAAGCUGGAGCUGGCCUACUUCGGCAGCAACUUUUGGGAUACGCACGGCCGCGCACCGACCGAAGACGACUUGACGCUCGAAGGAUGUCGUAUCAUUUUCGCCUCCGAGUUGCUGUCUUUACAAGGCAUUGCGACACAAGCCUCGUGGCUUCGUGACAUUGUCAUGAACCAGGAUCCAAUUGUUAAACAAGCUAGGUUUGGUCCACUCCGUGGUGCAGCAGAAAACAGGCUUCAGACCCUGAAAAUUAACGGCAAGGAUAACUUGUUCGAGGAAUGCCCCAUGGAGAGGCAGCUUCACGAAUAUGUCAAGGCCAAACAACUACUGGGACUAACGCCCAUGGAUGACGAGCUUCAAGAAGAAGCGCGCAAGAUUGUGGGAAGAGUUGAAGAAGUGUGCACUCAUCCUUCUGAAGCAGUGGCCAACUGGCUUUUGAGACUGAUCACAGCAUCGACAAAAUGGCUCGAGGGAUUCCGUCGGCGUGCGCAUUUGCCUCGAAGCGAAGACGUCCAGCAUAAGUUUAUACGGUCGACGGAUCCGAACUCGAUCGACUCCACAAUUCACAACUACUCAAGGCUGGAAACAGAAUUGGCUGCAUUCCUCAGGGAAGAGCGCGCAAUGGGCAGAGAGCCCACAGAUCAUGAAUUGCAGCGGCAGGCUCGUAUCAUAGUUUACGAAUUCGAUGAUGGAUGGAACCAGACUGUGGCGGAUAACCAGGAGUGGCUUGCAGCUUUUAAAGCACGGAAUCACCCUGGCAAGACUCCUGGCUCAGUUUCAUCCAGUUCACCAAAGGCCCCUCGGGUGAUGGCCAGCAAGCCAGCUGAGAAAGCACAAGUUUCUCUUUCUACCACUCCGCCAAACCCCUUUUCUGAGUUUCAGGCUCGGCUUGACGAGAAUGGCAAUCACUUCAGGUCAUUCCAGUAUUUCCUCAACGAUGCCAACUGCUACCGAAGGCUAGAGAAGGAGCUCAGGAGGUGGGUCGUUUCUACCAUGUCGCCAAACAAUCCGAACCGGCACGUGCCGUCGGAUGAGGAGUUGCAAUACCAAGCUCGGUGGAUCUUAUAUGACGAUGAUGACCCUUGGAACUAUACCGCAGCCGACAACGCAGAAUGGCUUCAUCGAUUCAAAAGAGACACUGGCAUAAUCCACGACUCUGGCCCCGGUCUGCCACCAGGCUACGCAUGGGCGCUGGAGCAAGGCGGAACAGGCUUUGCGCCGCCAUAUGCCAUUCUUGGGGAUCACGACCCGGUUAAUAAUGACGUCGAGGUAGCGAUGCGAACUGGGGCCAAGGCCAUCACGGCAGGACACUCAGCCGUCAAUAGCUACCUGGAAGAGCUGACGUCGUCUCCGAAUCGCAAACCAGCUGUUAUUUUCUGUUCUCGUGAACUGGAAUGGGGUCUACAGCAAUAUUCCAAGGCAUACUUUAUUGAUACAGGCUUUUUGCCUUCGGAUAUGGCGCUGAAAUGCAAGGCACGCGAGAUUCUCAAGACUGAAACAACCGCCGCAGAUGAUCCUGUCCUUUUGGAUAAAUUCAAGACGUGGUUGAUCACCAGGCUGCCACAGUUGGCAUCUGGAGAGCCCAUUCAGCAAGAAAACAAUGCUAUGGACAGCCUUCCCUCUGCUGUGCCCACGAAUAUGGAUGUUAAUAUCUCUGACGCCGAGAUUGGCGAUAUACUCAAAGAUAUGGAUUUCGACUUUGGAUUGGGGACCAUGGAAGGAAUCGAGCAUGACGGAGGUGUCAGUUUGAACGCGACAUUUCCUGCGGAGUCGCCUUCAGUGCAUGAUAUCGUAAAUGAUGAUUGUUGA